AUGUCGAACAACCAGUACUCGCUCAACUACGCAAGCUAUAAUCGUAACACCACCGCUACGCACUUCCAAACCGUCAAUCCCUAUGCGGCUUUGGUGGCAACAGCGGGUCCUGAACACGACGGGAGGAGCUCCUCGUCAGGCUCAGCGCCUUCAAUUGGCAGCUCGUCGUCGCUCGUUGGCUACAAAGAUGCAGGUCCGUCCAGGUCGUACACACGGAGUUACAGCAGCUCAGGAUUGCUACAGCAGCACGUGAGGCAUCGGCUCACCUUGCGAGUCUCCCUUCUUGUGCCCACAGCUAAUCAUGAUAUAGGUCUCGUACCGCUCGCCCGAAAAGACCCAGAGCCUUGUCCCCGACGCCAACAGCGCACCCACUCGCAACGGCGAUGUGGUGUGCUUUGCUGAACAGGGCAUCCGCCACACUGCCGGUCGCACCUCUAUCAGCUCAGCUUUCCGUGCACUCGCUGUGCCUCAUCCUCUUCAGAGACCUCAUGCCUCUUCUCUGACCGGUGUUCCCGAGGCUCUUGCCGUCCAGGAGAUGGCCUUCCGCCAUGGCCAACGCAACAACAGCAGCACUUUCAAUGACAUUCCAGCUAACCCCUUCGCGAAGCAGUUCGAUCAGCUAUGGGCAACUUUCUACAAGCUUGGCAAGGAGUGCAGUACUCGACCGGUCUCCCCUCCUGCCAACUUAUACUGUCAGAAUUUUGCUUGGCCUGUCCUCAUCAAUCCUCACACGCAGUCUCUGGAGCACCCCAACGGCUCUCUCGAUCCCGCUUGGACUGGCAAGAUGAUUCACAUUGCUCUCAACUGUAUGGAGGAACUCAUUCGCAUUACUUGCCGCCGCAACAUGGGCUGGGAAAAGUUGGUCGCUGACAUCCCAUUGCCGGCGCAAGAGGCUUUGAUGGCUUUCCCUGACCUUGCUCAGCGCUACGAGCGCCUCAAGCGCGACGCUAAGGAAGCCCGUGCUGGAGGUCGUCCAUACGGCUACUGA